GGCUGACUGGUAGGCUGGGGGCGAGACUACAAAGUUCCACCUUAUAAAAAUUACCAAAUGGGCAGAUCAGAGAACAUCUUCACUGCUCCGUGGUAACCCACUUUCAGAAAUCAAAAUGGGUACCCAAAAUUCCCAAUUGGCUUUCUUCUUCCUGCUGUUAGCUCCACUACUAUGCCUCUCUUUUAGCCUCCCUAGUGAGUACUCCAUAGUUGGUAAUGAUGAGCUUCAUCUUCAAGAGCUGCUUUCAGAGGAACGUGUCAUCGAUCUAUUUCAACAGUGGAAAAAGAAGUACAGAAAGGUUUACAGGCAGACAGAGGAGACAGAAAAGAGAUUUGAGAAUUUUCGGAGGAACUUGAAGUAUGUGCUCGACAAAAAUACUCAGAGAAACUCCAGUUCAGGGCACAGUGUUGGAUUGAACAAGUUUGCUGAUAUGAGCAAUGAGGAGUUUAGGCAGAGGUAUUCGUCCAAAGUGAAAAGACCCAUCGGUAAAUAUAGCAAUCUGAAGAGCAGCAGCUGGCGGAGAAGCUUGCAAUCCUGCGAUGCGCCUUCGAGCUUGGAUUGGAGGAAGAAGGGAGUCGUCACUGCUGUUAAGGACCAAGGAGACUGUGGAAGUUGCUGGUCAUUCUCUACAACUGGAGCAAUAGAAGGCAUAAAUGCCAUAGUCAGUGGAGACCUCAUUAGCCUUUCAGAACAAGAACUCGUAGAUUGUGAUUCAACCAAUGAUGGAUGUGAUGGAGGCUACAUGGACUACGCUUUUGAAUGGGUCAUCAACAAUGGCGGAAUUGAUACAGAAGCUGAUUAUCCGUACACGGCCGUGGAUGGCACCUGCAACACCACCAAGGAGGAAAUUAAAAUUGUAUCCAUUGAUGGGUACGAGGAUGUAGCUGAAUCAGACAGUGCUCUGCUUUGUGCUGCUGCUCAGCAGCCAAUUAGUGUCGGCAUUGAUGGCUCUGCAAUCGAUUUUCAACUGUAUACAAGUGGGAUCUAUGACGGUAGCUGUUCUGGUAAUCCAGACGACAUUGAUCAUGCUGUUCUUAUCGUCGGUUAUGGCUCUGAAGAUGAUGAAGACUAUUGGAUUGUGAAGAAUUCAUGGGGGACUGAAUGGGGUAUGGAAGGUUAUUUCUACCUGAGAAGGAACACUAAUUUAACUUAUGGUGUUUGUGCUGUAAAUGCAAUGGCUUCUUAUCCAACUAAAGAAUCCUCUGCUCCAUCUCCAACUAGUCCUCCUCCACCACCAUCACCUCCUCCACCACCAUCACCACCGCCUCCACCACCGCCUCCACCUCCUUCUCCUUCACCAAGUGAAUGUGGGGACUUUUCAUAUUGUCCAAACGAUGAGACAUGCUGUUGCAUUUUUGAAUUCUACGAUUUCUGUCUAGUCUAUGGUUGCUGUCCUUAUGAGAAUGCUGUUUGCUGCACUGGCACAGAAUAUUGUUGCCCCAGUGAUUACCCCGUUUGUGAUGUUGAUGAAGGGCUUUGCCUCCAGAGCCAGGGAGAUUACCUGGGAGUGGCUGCAGAGAAGCGGCAUAUGGCUAAGCACAAAUUCCCCUGGAGCAAGAAGCUAGAUGAAAGGAAACAAGAGACAACAUAUCAACCUCUCCUGUGGAAGAGGAACCCUUUUGCUGCAAUUGGCUAAAGGAAUUGUGAUUCCUUACGAACUUGAAGGUCGUGUAAUUGGUAAUAAUGUUAUUUAUUUGUUGCCCAGGCAGGUGUUCAUCCAUCUAGAUUCCUGCCACGAACAAUGCCUGCAUGCAGCGUGCCAACGCUGGAAAGGAAGAGAAUAUUAAAUGGGGAAUUUGAUUUUUCA